UCAGGUAACUAGGGCUGGGCGCCCUGAGUACCAGAGGGAGGCGGCGGACCCGGGUCAGGGGCCUCGAGAUCGGGCUUGGGCCCAGAGCAUGUUCCAGAUCCCAGAGUUUGAGCCGAGUGAGCAGGAAGACUCCAGCUCCUCAGAUAGGGGCCUGGGCCCCAGCCCCUCAGGGGACCAGCCCCUAGGCCCCGGCAAGAACCGCUGCACGACUCCAAGUCUCCUGGGGGACGCCAGUCACCUGCAGGGGCAGCCGGCCAGCAACACCCACCAUGGAGGACCUGGGGCAGUGGAGACCCGGAGUCGCCACAGCUCGUACCCGGCAGGGACAGAGGAGGAUGAAGGGAUUGAAGAGCCCAGCCCCUUCCGGGGCCGCUCACGCUCGGCGCCCCCCAACCUCUGGGCUGCACAGCGCUAUGGCCGCGAACUCCGGAGGAUGAGUGACGAGUUCGAAGACUCCUUCAAGGGACUUCCUCGCCCGAAGAGCGCAGGCACAGCGACACAGAUGCGACAGAGCUCCAGCUGGACGCGUGUCAUUCAGUCCUGGUGGGAUCGGAACGUGGGCAGGGGAGGUUCCGCCCCCUGCCAGUGACCUUCGGCCUUGAGGCUCUGCCCCCUCCAGAUCCUUUGGCGGCCAUCUUGGGUAUGGGCGGAAGUUUUUCCGCAAGUUUUAUGCAAAAGAGGAUCCUUUCUUUUUCGGAUAGAAAUGGUGUGACCCAGAUUCCCUUUCGGUGCGUGCGAGAGCCACGAAAGGUUCGGCCCAUCGGAAGUUUCUAAGUUUUUUCCGCUCAAAGCCGCAGGAAGUGGCUCCGAGGCCCCGCCCUCCGGCGCUAGGCUGCCCCGGGGCACUUGCGCUCAGUUGUGAGCUGGUAUUAACCGUUGCCUCACCAGAGCCGGUUCCUCUGCGGUGCCCUGUGGACUGAAGCUCGUGGGUAAACGUGAUAAUAAAGCCCGCGUCUGUGCCGUCGA